UUGCCGCAGUGCGUGCUGGGUAAAACUUGCCGCCAUCUUGGCAAAAAAAAAAGGCGAGGCCGGGAGAGGAAGAGGAAAACACGGGACAAAUUUUAUUUGUAACCCGCUUCUCUUGUCCACUUUCGUAGGAUAUGUCUGUUCAGAUAGGUUGUAGAAUACGUCUGUUUUGAUUGUGAGUCGCUGAUAACGUACCGAGGAUGAAGAAAAUUGAGAAAUACAGCGAGCGGUUCACCGAGAAGCUCUCUCAGAUCUCGUCUCAGGUCCAGAAGCCCAAAUCGAAAAAGUACGAGGGGAAAUUGUUUGUCGUCGGCCAGCAUCAUGUAAUGGUAGAGGAUGUCAUCGCCGAAGGUGGAUUCGCUAUCGUAUUCCGCGUCUCGACUCAGACGGGUCGGCGCUUCGGCCUGAAGCGGAUGUUUGUAAACAACGAGCAUGACCUGUCAAUUUACAAGCGGGAAAUCACCAUCUUGAAACAACUGAAUGGACACAAGAACAUUGUGCCGUAUGUGGAUUCCAGCAUUACCAAAUCCAGCAGUGGGGUCUGGGAGAUCCUGAUUCUCAUGGAUUUCUGUAGGACUGCUGUAAUCAAGGAGAUGAACGACCGCCUUCCCGCGGGCUUCACGGAGCCCGAGGUGCUGAAGAUUUUCUGCGACAUGUGCGAGGCCGUGUCUCGUCUCCACCACUGUCAGACUCCGCUCAUUCACAGGGAUCUCAAGGUUGAGAACAUCUUGUGGCACGACAACGGGAACUACGUCCUGUGUGACUUCGGCAGCGCCACGGCCAAGUUCACCAACCCACAGGAAGUAGGAGUCGGCCCCGUGGAGGAGGAAAUCAAAAAAUACACGACCCUGUCGUACCGAGCCCCUGAGAUGGUGGACCUCUACAGUAACAAGACCAUCACCACCAAGGCGGACAUCUGGGCGCUUGGCUGCCUCCUGUACAAACUCUGCUUCUUCUCUCUACCCUUCGGCGAGAGCAGCAUCGCGAUCCAGGACGGGCACUUCACCAUCCCGGACGGGUCCAAGUAUUCCAAGGAGCUACACAGUCUCAUACGCUAUAUGUUGGAGGUGGACCCUGACAUUCGUCCCAACAUCUGGCAGGUCUCGUAUGUAGCAUUCAAACUGUCUGGCAAGAGCUGCCCCAUCCAAAACCUCAGGAAUGCACCAACCCCCAGUAAGCUGCCCAUUCCCAUGACAGAGAGUGAACAUAAGGCCAAGCAGAAGGCGAACAGGACAAGGCGCUUACCACCCAAAACAGCAGACGGCACUGCAAGAGCCACCCCACAGGCGACGCCACAUGGAACCUCCAUCACCCCGCGGGAGAGACCGCGGGGAGGGGGGAUGACCAACCUGUCCCUCCCCAUCGAGACGAGCAUCACCCCGCGUAAGAGGCCGACGCCCAGCGCCACUCCUACUGCUGAGAUAGGCAUCACGCUGCAGCCCCCCACCCCCACCACAUCCGCCCAGCAGGCUGCCGCUAGCCAGGCACAAGCCGCUCAGCAGAGUCAACCACCACAGACAAGUCAGGCCAGCACUAAGGCCGACGACGCCCAGCAACCCGCACCCCCUUCCGCAGGGGCCACCGAAGACCCCGCCCUGGUGUCCCUAGAACCCCUUGUGCAAGUCGAGGAGCCCCCGCUCUUAGUCGAUGAACCCCUGGUCAAUCUCGGCGAGUCCCUUGUUCAAAUUGACGAGCCCCUCGUUCAGAUUGACGAACCCCUAAUGGAGGUCAAUGACCUGGUACAGCUCGAGCCAGAUCUGGGGUUGGUCGACAAACCUGUUGCUAAAAAGGAACAGCCCAUAGUUAAACAUGAAGACCCCCUGGUGGCCUCCCUUGAGAAAGAGUUAGGAUUGGUUGACAAACCUGCCGCUAAAACGGAGAAACCAUUGGCUAAGAAGAAACCUGACGACCAACUGGCAUGUCUUGAGAAAAAUUUGGCUUUGAUCGACAAACAUGUCGCGAAAAAGGAAAAACCAGUAGCAAAGAAAAAACGUGAAGAUCCCCUUGCCGCUCUCGAUCCCCUUUAUGCCAAGGAUAAAGAAGAAGAUAAAACUGACAAAGGAAAGGAAAAACAAAAAGAAGAGGCCCGUAAGGAUCUGUUCCCCGACACCGGCGCCUUUAAGGUUCCUGAAGCCCCGGGAGCGAAGGCACCUGCCCCGGCCCCGCCCGCUAUCGACACGACGCUGGUGUCCAUAGGUUCCCCCUCUUCAUCUCCGCAGCAGAAGUCCAGCCACAGGAGGAAUGUGAGCGACACCUCAGCGAUCAGUGUGGGCUCCAAGGAUGACCCGUUUAAGAUAUUCCUGGAAGACUCCAACACCCUGAACCCAGAGGCUGGGGUAGAUGCAGAAAAACUAAGGUCCAAAUCAGCAGGAUCGUCUCCCGUGAACACUCCACCGACAAGCCCCAAGUUCUGGGUUCUGCCGCGAACGCGGAACCCGUUUUGUGUCGUAGUUCGAACGUCCUUCCCUCGUUCUGUCAAGAAGAGAACGACCCCGACCCACACCCCCCCGAGCAGCCCGAAGUUGGAGCUGUCCAGUUGGAACCCGUUCCUGGAGUCCGGCAGUGGUAACACGAGUAGCACCUCGGAGGACAAGUUACUGCAGGAGUUCGACAUGCUGGGCAAGAGGGCCAAGUCUGAGACUAAGGACUGUGAUGAUUCAGAAAUGAACUGUAGCCAGGCGGCUAGUCCGGAGGGCACAAGUACGGCCGAUAUGCUAAUUCUGGACCCCACGACAAACCCUUUCCUCAUGCCCGACCAGCCAGAUGCAGGUGGCCGUUCGCGACACUCCAGCGACAGCGGCGAGAAAAAGAAACGGCAAGCCCCCCAACCCCCCGUCAAUCAGCCCGCGGAAGAUGUGUUUGGAGCUACCCCAUUUGAGCAGGUAAUCCACCCGGCUACGGAUGAGUUCGGUUGCACGCCGUUCGCGCCCGAACCAGGCGCGUCUCGCGACCCGUUCGGCGCCAGACCGUUCGUCCUGUCGCAAGACGAAGCAGCGGGACUGGAGGCCACGGGAGGGGACGGUUUCCAGAACCUGAGCAAGGCGGCGUACCGGAGACAUCGGUCCUCACACUCGGAGGGAAGCGACGCCAGCAGCGCGAGUAUGGACGGACGGGAAAAUGUGCUCGGUGUGGCACCACUGCUCACAGGUUCCGAGGACGGAUCUAGCGGAAGGCAAUCUCUGACGUCGUCAGACGACGAGGACAUGAUCGAAGGGGCUCGCUUCGGAGGGGAGGCGAGCGGCUACAAAAUGUACGGGGACCAGGAACACGACGAGUUUAGCGAGCUAAUCUUCAGGGUUCCGCCAACUGCACAGGAAGUGGAGGACUCAAUCAUGAGUGGCACUCUGACUCCCCCGACAUCCCCGCAAUCCGACAAGGACGAGAUUGAUCUUGUAGCGGAAGCCCAGCUGGUAGACAUCGAGGGGGGAAGGAAUCUUUCCGUUGGCUCCAACAGUUCCGACGUCUUCAGCAAGGCGCCAUUUUUUCCGAAAGAGAGCGAGAAGCCGAGGAUUCAAACCAUCCACCAACGCGAGCAGCUGGACAUUUUCGGAAACGCUCCGUUCGGGGAUCGAAAGAUUCUCACGCCGCCCGGGUCGCCUCCAACUGCAGAGGCCGCCGCGCCUGUGGCUGGGGCUGUGGCCUCUUCCGAUGUCUUCGGUGCAGAACCGUUCUCGGCCGUCACGGCAAAGUACGAGCUCACGAGGAAGAAAGGCGCCGGCGCCUCGCCGGGAAAGAUGCGUCGGCAGCGUAGGGAUUCCUCGGGGAGCGGGCGAAACCUUCACGUGGUGAGCACCGCUGGAGGAAUCAGGAAAAACAGUCCCAAGUCCAGAAGAAGCCACCUGAAGGUUUCUCCGAAGACGCGGCGCGGGUCCUCAGGCGGGAGGAGAAGCCGAGACAGCAGCACAGGGAGCAGCGCUAAAUCCAGCCCGGGCGAUCGCAGAAAGGGCAGCGACAGCAGCCUUGACAUGUUUGGAGCAAAACCUUUUAACCCGCUGGACAGGCGGUCGAGACCACUGGGUAACCGUCUCACAGCGAAAGUCUCGCCGUCUGAUGCGCCAACCAAGCUCGCUUUCGAGGACGAUUUCUCCAACUUGCGUGGAGCAGCGGGACCGGCUGGACGCGAGGAUAAUUUCGGUUUCGUACCGUUUGAUACGGUGAUCGCAAACGUUCAGGCUGGGGAUACCCCAGCGCAGGGGGACCUUUUCGGGUCUGCUCCGUUUGAGACCAAAGAGUACGGUCCCGACGAUCUGGCGGUCGGCCCUCACGUUUACGAAAACAUGGCGGCCUACGCCGCGGAAGAUGGGCCACCGCCAGUAAGGGUGGUGACUUUGGGGAGCGGGAAUCAGAGUGCGUUUUCUGCACCGAGAAAACAGAGAAAGCUCCCCACAACACCACAGUGCAAACCUUUCGACGUGUCCAAGAGAGGGCCCCUUCCACCCAGGAUACAAAGAUUCGGAACGGGCAUGGGUUCCUAAUACUUGCCAUUUGUAGGUACUUGUACAUGUAGAUGCCCAUGUAUAUAGUGUACAUACAUUGUUGUACACUAACGUUAUGUUUAUUGAUUAUGUUGAUUUUCGGUUAGAGUUGUAACAAUUGUGAUCUCAUUUCUUGUGAACUAGAAGUAUUCCAAUAACAAACAAAUACAUAUGCAUGUUGCCAAUUCAUUGGAUAACAACUAUCUUUAGUGCUCUUUAUUCUAUGGUCGAGUUAAGUAACAACAAGGGCACACACAUACAGGCAUCUUAGGUGAAUAAGAAUUUGCGCACAUUAUUUCCCUAUGCGUUUCUAUGACACGUGUGGGUAAGUCGACCUACAUGUAUAGCUUUGUUUAGUUUGUUGAAAUGUUUAUCAUUUGAAUACCCUUGCUUGGGCUAUGCUUCUAGCCUGACUAUACAUGUAAGUGCAGUGCUCUUUCAGGGUUGGACAAGACCAGUAGCCGUAUUGUCGUGGGCAAGUGAAAGUGCAGAUCGGGCAAGUGCAUUUCUGACCUCACUUGCCCGAUCAGGCACGUUAGAUUUUUUCCAUUGAGUGAGAUUUUGAUAUACUUGCUACUUUUCACAGUCAUGGUGUCAAGCAUUGGUCAACACAGAAAAAUAGAGCCUGUCACAAGAACUCCAUCAAUGGAAGUGAAAAUACAAAACCCUGUCCUUGUAGCCUGCCCAACCGGCGCCUUACUCUUAAAGGAAGGGUUUUGUCAAAGGGAGGUUGUGGAACACAGUCUAGCUAAGCCCAGGGUUGUGUCAAGGAUUUGUCCCUCCGUCUUGGGACGGAAAUUUGCUUGUUGGGACGUCGGACAAAAAAUCACCUCAUCUGUCCAAAAAUCUGAACUUCAUGACUUAAAACUGUUGAAAAUGUAUUUUAGCUGGCUUAAAAUGAAAGAUUUAACAAUAAAAAUUUACAAAAUGGGCUACCAAACAAUGAGGGGGAUGAAAAAAAAAAAAGCUGGAGACAGCCCUGGCCAAGCCUCUAAACUUGUUGUACUUUGUACUUUUACUGAGGGUUUUCUUUACAAAGCAAUUGCAGAUGUAUCAUUGAAUCUUGCCUUUUAAGCGCAAUGUGUUAUUAAAACUUAUGUUCUCUUUGUUUUUUUUUAGUGUAGAGCAUUUGCUUGUGCUAACAAUGGAAACAAGUACACUGAUAACUUGAGCAUGUUUCGCUAAACUUUCAAUACUUGAUAGUUUCCGUGGUCUCUCACAACACUCAACAGUCAGCCUUUGUUGUAAAUAAGUACUUUAAAGAAUAUUAGCAUUUGGAUGAACGAAGGAUAAAGAGUAACAUGUACAUUUGUGUAUGAAGUAAUCCAAGGUCCAUGCUUCCUCACAGAACCUCAGGACAUGUGUGCUUUUCUUUUCGGUGUACAAAAGUUGUUGUUUUUUUAUGUACAAUGUAGAUGUGUCAUUUUGUUACUCACUGUGGAACGCUUUAGUUUUUUCCUGGAUAGCAUUCCAAGAAAGUUUUUUGGAAUAUGCAUGGAAACCAAUCUCUUUUUUUUAGCUGGAGAGGCUGUGUAUAAUGGCUUAUACUACAUUUCAAUCUUUAAAGAGUAAACUUAUCACUCAAUAUCAUAUCUUGCAAUUGUUAUGUUAUGAUGUUGACGUGUAAAAAAAUGUCUCUAUUGUUGUCUUGGCUUCCAGUUAUAGGUACAGUUUUAAGAGAAAGCAUUCCAAGUUAGAGAUUGACUCAACAUAGUUUAUUAGUAGUUGUGCAAUAUUGCAUGUCAUUCGACCAAAUGUUUUGUGAAUGUAAGACCGUAUCUAUGGCAACCCACUGCCUUUAUGGCCUCUAGAAGGCUACAAUACAGGACCCUUUUUGCCCUAAUUGUAACAUACCAUCUCUGUCUUAUAUUGUGGUAUUACUGGCAUAUCAGUAGAGGUCAAUUUCAUUAGAAUCAGUGGAAAAAGGAUACAAAUGUUGGCUAGAUAUUCAAGCCUAUUGUUCACAGGAAUAAUGGUUGUCCUGUUAUCAUUUUACUAAAGAAUAUUGUGUCCACGGUAAUAUCAAUAUUGAAUGGUCAAUAAGGUAUUGUAAUGUCUAUGAUCAUGUAUUCCUUUAUUGAAGGGAAAUUUAUUGUGUAGUGACGGAAAAAGUGUGCAUUAGUAAGUAAAAUUGUUUGUUUUGCUUUUUGGUAGGCGUCCAGUAUUACAAGAAUAUUCUUACUUUUUUCGCUAUUGUAAAUGAUACUCUGCACCUGACAAUAACGUUUGGCAAUAUAAAUACAAACAGCCUUUGGAUAUUGUUGAUAUAAGCUGAUCUGUACAUCAUUAUGUAAAUAACCAUGCAAGAAUUAAAAGAUGUCAUAAGUGAAAAAA